AUGUCUUCUAAAAUGGAUGAGGCCCUCACUAAGCCAAGAAAUGUUACCCAUACUCUAUAUAAACUUUACAAUUGGUUACAAAUGGGUAUGAUAGACCUGAAUCCCGAGUUUCAGAGAGGUACUUUUAACACUUUAAAGUCUACAAUUCAGAGAUAUUUCAUAAGAAAAACUAUUGGAAUUAAGCAAUCUCAUUUGGUUGACUCUGUUCUCAAUAAUUUUUAUGUUCCACCGGUAAUUUUUUCAUGUAAAAAGCUUGACAGUAAAAGGUGGAUGCGUGUUUGUAUUGAUGGAAAACAACGACUCACCGCUAUUAGAAAUCGUCAACUUGUACGACCAUCGAUUUUAACCAAAUUUGGUGCGUAUAAUGUAAUAAAUGAAUUUUAUAGAUUUAUGGAUAACGAAAUUCCACAUCUAAGCCCUUCUGAUGGAAAUAUUACGAAACGUUAUUAUAAAGCUCUCAAUGGAAGUAAACGUUCAUUGACUGAAGUAGAAAGAGAGCUUUUUGAUUGCAUCGAAUAUUAUGAUCUUACAUUGCAUCAAGAGCAAGAAAUCUUUAGUCGAGUACAAUUAGGUGUUGCUUUAACACCUGCGGAAAAGCUUCAAGCCAUUAGUAGUCCAAUGGCAGAUUUCGCUCAUGCGAUUUAUACUCAACAUCCAUCAAUUUCCGCUAUUAUGGAUACUAAACGUGCUCGUCCCUUUCAACUUAUUACUCAAUCUUUACAUAUGAUUGAGUCCGAGCCUGAAAAAUUUAAUGCCACGCCAGCCAUGAUUACCAAAUUCUUAAAAGAGGAUCGUGAAGUUCCUGAAUCUCUUAAAACUUUAGCGAAUCAAGUUUAUAGAACAAUUGAGGAAAUGAUUGAAGAUGAUAGUGAAUUAUUUCAUCGAGAAAAUAAAUUGGCACCAGUUGAAUUUGUAUUUUUAACAUAUAUGAUUGCAAAAUAUCCUGGACUUCCAAUUUUUCAAUAUCAAAAUCGUCUCUUGGCUAUGAAAAAACAUGUUCGAGCAAAACAUGAUGAUAUUCGAUUCAAUAAUAAAGUAUACGAUACAUUGAAGAAAUUCAUAGAUAAUAUGGAAUUCGAGUAUGUUUCCGCUCAUAAUGUUUCUACCAUAUAUCCAACACCCACAGGUAUUCAAUAUUUAUAUGAUCGUAUGGAAAGAAUGUAUCGUCUUGGUCCCGAAUUUAUUGAUAUUACGUGGAAUGCCGGAGGAACUUCUUCACAAUUAACAAGUGAAAUUACUGCCACUGCGCAGUCGGUGUAUGGUUUAGAAACCGUCAUGCAUUUGACUUGUACAAAUAUGCCUAAAGAAAAGAUUGAUAAAGCUCUUAGGGAUGCAAAAGAAUGUGGUUGUCAAAACAUUCUUGCACUUCGUGGAGACCCGCCUAAAGGUUCAGAUCGUUGGGAAGCAUGCGAAGGUGGAUUCUCCAAUGCUAUUGAUCUCGUUCGUUAUAUUCGUGCCGAAUAUGGUGAUUACUUUGGUAUUUGUGUGGCAGGUUAUUGUGAAGGACAUGUCGAUAAUCCAGAUAAAGAUGAUGAUUUAAGACGUCUCAAACAAAAAGUAGACGCAGGAGCAGAUUUCAUAGUAACUCAAUUGUUUUAUGAUGAGGAUUUAUUUUUGACAUGGGUUAAAAAAUGUCGAGCGAUUGGUAUAACGUGUCCUAUUAUUCCCGGAGUUUUACCAAUUCAAAAUUAUUCAACUUUUAAAAGAAUAGUAACUUUAUCAAAUACUAGUGUUCCUCAAUAUGUUUUAGAAGAUUUGGAACCUAUCAAACAUGAUGAUUCGGCUGUUAAAGAAUAUGGAAUUCAAUUAACAGUUAAAAUGAUAAAAAAAAUGUAUGCGAAUGGAAUUAGUGGAUUUCAUUUUUAUACUAUGAAUUUAGAAAGAUCUACCCGUUUAAUUUUGGAAGAAUUGAAAUUUGUGGCACCUGUGGAAAAUGCAAAACCUUUGCCAUGGUGUCCAUCUUUAUCAGUUAAACGUAAAAUGGAGAAUGUACGUCCCAUAUUUUGGAGAAAUCGUACUAAAAGUUAUAUUACUCGCACGGAAGCAUGGGAUGAAUUCCCAAACGGUAGAUGGGGAGACUCUCGUUCGCCGGAUGGUUAUGGAAUAUCUUUAAAGCAUUCUAUAAAAGAAGCUCAUAGAUUAUGGGGAUAUCCUACUAAGCUAACCGAAAUUUAUGACUUAUUUGUUCAAUACUGUAAUGGAGAAAUUAAUUCCCUUCCUUGGUCAGAUCAAACACUUGCUCAAGAAACUGAAAUUAUUAAGGAUCGUUUGGCUCAUAUUAAUUCAUUGGGAUAUUUGACAAUUAAUUCUCAACCAGCAGUAAAUGGUGCCCGCAGUGAUGAUAAAGUAUUUGGAUGGGGACCUAAAAAUGGUUACGUUUAUCAAAAGUCAUAUUUGGAAAUUUUUGUGUCUCCUGAUCAACUCGACGCACUUACUUCUAGAAUUGCACGUGAUCCACUCAUAACAUUCUAUGCAGUAAAUAAACAGGGAGAUUUAAAAACCAAUACUCAGAGCGAAGGACCCAACGCGGUCACGUGGGGGGUAUUUCCUGGAAAGGAAAUAAUCCAACCCACAAUUGUAGAAGCUGUGAGCUUUAUGGCCUGGAAGGAUGAGGCUUUCGAAUUAUGGAACGAAUGGGCAAAAAUCUAUGAACCCGGUUCUAUAAGUAAUACAUUAAUUUCAGAAAUAGCAGAAACGUGGUACCUUAUUAAUAUAGUACACAACAAUUUUCAUGAUAGUGAAGGAAUAUUUGCAAUUUUUGAAGACAAUUACUCUAACGAUCUGUUAGAUGCAGAUCGUUGA